AUGGCGAAGCAAUCAUCAAAAUUUAACAAAAAGAAGAAAAGUUCAGAGAAGCAGCUCAUCGGUAACGAAAAGCAUCGGUUGGUGGAGGAGUUGCACGCUCCAGCGAGAAGAUAUUUUCCCCGUAGACGCGUCAUAGUACGCGGAUAUGAUGAUCUUUGGCAAGCUGACUUGGUAGAGAUGCGUCCUUACUCGCGAUUCAAUAGAGGCUACCACUAUAUACUCACUAUUAUCGAUGUGUUGAGCAAAUAUGCGUGGGCUGUACCGAUGAAGAGCAAGAGCGGUAAAGAAGCAGUGGCAGUGUUCGCCAGGAUAUUUCAAGAAUCUGGAAGAUGUCCAAAAAAUUUGCAAACGGACCAGGGAAAAGAAUUUUAUAAUGCGGAUUUGCAGAAACUCCUUAAAAAACACAGUAUCAAUCAUUAUUCUACGUAUCGGUAA